GUCUUUAUCUAGGUUGAUCGCUGGUGUUGUGAAUUUAUCUGUGUAUUUUCUGUGAGGGACGAAAAGAUUAAACAUUUUUAAGAGUUAUUAGUAAAAACAGUUAUAUUCGAAAUGCGAGGGACUAAGUAAUUAAUCGACGAACAUGUUAUUUUGGUUUUAUUGUUCUAAUUUUUAGGAGGGAUAGAUGUAGCAACAAUAUAAACAGUGAGUGUUCAGCCGAGGAUAUUUUUGUAAAAAUGAGACAUGCAUUCAUCCGAAAUGCAAAAAAGUGUAUCAGUGCAAGUAGAUAGUGAUUUCGCCUUGUUGUUGCCCAGCGGUGCCUAUGAAAUAAAAAAAAUGGAACCGAGGUCUAAGCUCCGCAGGGUGAUACUUUUCUGUUUACUACUUUCACUAUUUGGGAUGGUGGCUUUUGGAUACUUUUGCCCAGAUCAGGUGUGCGCCCUAUCAGCGCGGGAGCGUGUUUCCGAGUCCAUGGCUCUCACGUACGCAGAAGCCCCUGGUAGACCUCUGCCUGACGUCAUCGUCCAGCCAGGCCUGUCUUACGACGAGGUCCUCCACGAUGACUUCAGGUUCGACCUCAACGCUCACGACGUCAUGGUCUUCUUGCACAUACAGAAGACCGGUGGGACAUCGUUUGGGAAGCAUCUAGUCAUGGACUUGGAUUUAAAGAGGCCGUGCAACUGUCAGCGAGCGCGCAAACGUUGCCAUUGUUUUCGACCUCACAGCAACGAAAUAUGGCUCUUUUCGAGAUACUCUACCGGCUGGAAAUGUGGUCUCCAUGCAGAUUUCACCGAGCUAACGGCCUGCGUGGGCGGCGAGCUGGACCGCAACGAGGGUUCAGCUGUACACAGGAGAUACUUCUACAUCACCCUGCUUAGGGAACCCGUCUCUAGGUACCUGUCGGAGUAUAGGCACGUGAAACGCGGCGCCACGUGGAAGGGCUCUAGGCACUGGUGUCAAGGGCGCACUGCCACAGGAGCGGAAGUGCCCCCAUGCUACACUGGCGACUCCUGGCGCGGCGUGACCCUGGAAGAGUUCGCGGCUUGUCCCUGGAACCUGGCCAACAACAGACAGACCAGGAUGUUAGCGGACCUGGCCCUAGUCGGCUGCUACAACGGCACCCUGCGGCAUCGGACGGCUGACACAGACCGCGUGCUUCUAGCUUCAGCCAAGAGGAACCUGGCAGCGAUGGCUUACUUCGGCCUCACUGAGUUUCAAAAGAUAUCUCAGUACGUUUUCGAAGAAACGUUCAAUCUGCGGUUCGCUGUACCGUUUACGCAGCACAACGCGACAGUUUCGGGCGCCACGCUCGCGGCGCUGUCGCCCGCUCAGGUGGCCCACAUCAAGAGGCUCAACUCGUUAGACUUGGAGCUAUAUGAAUUUGCGAAGAAUCUAAUGUUUAAAAGAUUCGAAGCGUUGAAGAAACGUGAUUCCGACUUCGAUUUCCGAUGGCGGCACCUCGGCGAGGUGACCCGCACGGGGGUCACCGAGUUCGACUGGGACAGCAACCUGGAGGACGCCACAACGGAGAGGUACCGGGGCAAGUAAGCGUGACGUCACUAGUGCAUACUAGUCAUUGUAUAUACGUAAUGAUGCCGCUGUAUAAAUUGUAGUCGCAGGCCAGCGCGGGCCAGUAAAUUAAAUAUGGUUACCUACUUGACUUAUAAUAGGCAGCUUGUGGUACCAGGCAAUUCUAAUCUUAUUGUUAAAUUCGAUGGCACUGGCUCGGUGCCCCAGCGAUUGGCCCAAUGUGAACUGCAGCCGGUAAGAUGUUUUUACGAGGUAUUUGCAUAACGGCUUUGUUGGGAAGAAAUUUCGAUGAGUGAAUUUAAAAUAAUUAUUUAUAUUUUAUGUAAAUAAAUAUUAAUUUUGAUAAUAUGUUAUGUUUAUGGUCUAAUUUGGCCAGAAACCAGUGAGUUAUCAUAUUUAAUUAGUGUGGACAUUUUGCGAGAGGAUGUGUUACAUAUGUGUUGAAGUAAUGGAGGCAAUUCCCUUCUAAGUCAAAAUUCCUUCAGAAGAAAGAAUUCGAUCAGACACGAUCAUACACACAAGAAUGGCCUGAUCAGGGUUAGUUACAAGUAAAUGCCUCGUUGAAACAACAGUAUGAUCUUUUAUUGUAUCGAAGCGGUGUUACCUAUUGUAACCGCAAAAAUCAUCACAAUCAUAGGUAAGUAUAGUAGGUACAACUGUACAAACAGCAAAUGCCUUUAAUGUUUGUCUUUAUCGCCAUAUUGUUUGUAACGUCCAUACUGUAUUUAUUUUUAGCGGGUUAUGUUAUUUCACGGUACUAGCUAGAGUAUUAUUAAUAAGAUUUUAAAGUUCCAACAAUACCAUAGAUGUAAGAGUAAUUUUUGGUUUUCGUAAAUAAAUGAUUAUAAAGCUGAUAUUUUACACUGAUAGUGAUACUAUAGCAUUGGAUAUUAAAAAAUAUUUUCUAAUUGACAUAAUACAUAACUUUUAAAAAUGAAUUUGUAUUCUCUGAGUAUUUAAUAAUAAUCUGAUUGAAUUAAGGUCACACCUCGGUGUAACUUUAAUUUUAGAGAAAAUUUAUUUGUGUGUAUUAUAAAAUUGGUGUUGUAAGUCCAUCCCUUGUAAAUUAUAAAUCAUUGUUGUUGAGCGAAUGUUGUUGAUUGGAUCUUAGCGAGAAACAGGGUAGGUGUAACAGUUAUGAGCAAGCCCAACGAAGAGUUAUGUAGAUCUUAUGUAUUUAAUUGUACAGACAAUCUAGUUGUUAAUUAUAGCUUAGUCUUAUAAACAGCGUGGUUAAAUAGUCAGAUAAAAUGGUUUAUAUCGCCAUUUUGCGCUGUCGUUCUAAGUUUUAAUGUGUUCUUGGUAAUAUCUUCUCGGCUCACCUUAUUAUUGUGAGCUCAAACAAACUUAACGGAUACUGUUAAAACAAUGUAUGCAGUUGGUGUAAAUAGUUCAUGCAAUUUAAUAAAUAUUUUUUACUAUGUUUCCGUAUUCUUUGACGAUAACGUUCAUUUUACUGUGAGUAUAUUAAACUUUUAAAAAAUACUUUACAAUAUUUUAUUAUAACAUAAAGCAUUUAUAUUUGCUUCUUUAUAAGCAUAAAAUUAGUUUUAUGUAUUUUAUAUUUUGAAUAUAUUAAAAAAAAUAUGACUUAUUAAAAAUCAAAACAUUAAAUCGUUAGAAUUAACUUUGAGCCUUAGGACAAUACUUAAAUGUAGCUAUAUUGUCUUUAACAAAACCUUGUUAUCACUUGCUCAAACAUUUGUGGAUUAUAAGCAGCUGUAAUACUUAGUCAUUUUAACACCUGAUUCAUACCUAGAUACUCAUAUUCAUUAUGCUUAUAGAUAUUUUUUAAGAUUACAAAGAUAAUGAUUUUUAGAAAUGUUUAAUUACAAUGGACAUAAAAUUGUUAAUUUAAUUAGGAAGAAAAAAUAAUCAAAUUAUAGAUAUAAGUCGAAAUAUUUGUUGAUAAUUUUUAGUCUGACGAGUUUUUUGCUCUCUUACAAAUCAUUUACCCGAUUUAUUCACUUAGUCGCGAAAAGGAGUAAACUUCUACUGAGUCUCAAACGAUGUAAUGGCGUAUUUGGUCCCCUCGACGAAAAUAAGCCGAAAUAUGAAAACUUUACCUUAAUAAUCAUAAGAUAAUAUUAUGUAGUUGUGUAUCUAUAUAAAUCAAAUUUCGUAGAUGUUUGGUUUAUCUUCUUUUUAUACCACCUAAAAAUAAUGAAUUCAUCACAUUUCAGUUUCAAUUAAACGAAAAGCAGAGAACGGAUGGAUGCUAAAUUUAACAAAUUAUGGAACUAAAUAUUUUUUGUUAGUAAUUUAAAUACUUAAGUACAAGAGGACACUGACUAACAUAUCAACGCAUAACCCAAACCGCUGUGUCUAGAGAUUAGAAAUUUGGCACUAUGCACUAAGAGAGGAUUUCCCAAAAUUUCCACGGGAACAUAAAUUAACAGGAUAUUACGUUUAACGACGCCGGAGAUAUUGACGUAUUCUUGUUACUUAAAUGUUUCAUGUAUUUUCAUAAAUUUCCGACAAAAAAGGAUUACAAAUAAAGACAUUGCUUUUUAAUAAAUUACUUGUUUACCCUUAUUGCCUUACUAAUGCAACCGUUGUUUGCAAUACGGGUGCGUAGUAUUGUAGCAUGCCAAAAAUAUGGUUAUUUAUAGCGAGGUCCUUGCCCGCUUGUUUGUGGUGUAUAAAUAGCAUUUGUCUCUUUUUAACAAAACGUCAAAGUGAUUGAUGAAUGAAAUGAACUGUCAAAUGGUUUUUGUAAUUUCCAAAAUAAUAAAUUUAUCCAAAAUAAUAAAUAAUCUGAAAGAAACAAUAUCUAAAUGAUUUCUGUUGCAGCUACUUAGAUUGGGGGAUCUGAUUUGUGUCGUUUUUUUUAUCAAUUGUGUUUUUUAAAUCACGUGACACUGUUACUAAUACUUAUAAAUAUUACACCAGCAUAAAUUGUUUUUAGGAUCAGAGUCUUAUUACAAUUACAGUGUUAGUUUCAGGGUUACUUGAAUUUAAAACCGCCUCUCUCAACAUACAAACGACUUUUCCAUCCGUACUUAUAAUUAUAUUAAAAGGACCAUAACCUGAUAGAAAACUAGGUAGUUAGAUUCCGUAUGAAACCUAGUACAAGAAUCAACGUUUGAUAAUCUUAUUUUAAACAGUUUUUCAGUAUUCUAUUUUUGGUUUACAAAAAGAGCAUCAAUAUCCAACACUUCCGUAGUUUUUAUAUUCGGGCUUAUCAAGUUUUCAACUACUUUAAUAAUGGCAAUUCACAUGCUUAAUCAUUAAAUUCUAUUUUAAAUACUCUUCCAGCUACCAAUUACGACUGGACUACUCUUUUGAUAUCAAGAUCAUAACAUAUCAUAACGAUGCAUCUUAAAUAGUUUCACAGAAUAUAUUGUUGGUCGUAGUUGCUUUUUAUGGUUAAUACACAACUGGAAAUGUUUUAUCAUUACUGCCCGUCAUAAUUGUUGAUUAAGAACAACUGUUAUUAUAUGAGUCUUUAAAAGUUAUUUUUUUCUUAUGAAUAAAGUAUUUUUUUUAUAUUUGAUUGAAGAAUUUUAAAAUAAUAUUAAAACUAACAUAAACAAAGCAUAAGCUCUGAUAUUAUAGAUCAUUUCUUAAUUGAUCGAUUAUUUGCUUCUAAUUUAAAAAUAAUACCAAUUUGAUUCUUUUCUACAGUGAAAUAAGGAUAACAAUUGUCAGUUACAAAAUACGAGCAGGAAUGAUUUACGCACGUAUUCAAUUUAUCGAAAUCAUGUUUUGUAUCCCAAAUGUGAGCUUGUGAAAUUAUCUGAAUAUCUGUAAACAUUUUCGCUCGUGUUUUGGAAUUUCGGGCGUGAUAUAUUGUGCAUUAAAUUGGUUUUAUUUUUAUUCAUACAGAAUUCUUUUAUUUUGUGAUUUGAAUUACCUCAGCGUUGUCUUUUUGCAAAGAUUUUUUUUGCGGAAAUUUUGCCUAUUUAUUAUUUGUUUUGAAGACAAGGGCAGUUACGCUUUUCCAAAAAAACCUUAUUCGGAUAUUAAAUCUUGAAUUUGAUAUUGGAUAUAUUAUACAUAUCUCUAUAGUAGCAGCAAACUACGACAACUUAAAAAUAUGACUUGGUUGACUAGAUUUCUUUGUUUUUAAAUGCAGAUGUUCUGGUUCUAAAUAACUAAAUGUACUCAAUAAAAUAAAUUAAAUAAAUAUUUAAAGCGAUGGAAAAGUGUGUCUGUAUGUUGUGAGAUGUUUAAAGAGUCAAAAACAACUAAAUGACAAUAAAACACGCAUACAUUUCUCCUUUAAUUUGUUAUUCUGCUCAUAGAUUUCUAUGAAUUUGCUAUUUUUCUUUUAUCAUAUUUGGUUAUAUAUAUUUGACAAUAUGUCUUAUUAAGUUUAUCAUUUAUACAAUUUAGGUAUCGGCGAAGCUUUCUGUCUAUAUAUAUGUAUGUAUAUUUUUAUGUGUGUAUAGUAAUGCUAAGCCCUGUGAUAAAACUAUUUUUGCACCCAAGGUUUAUUUAAAACUUGACUUUUUAUGUAAAAUUACUACGUGCUUAGCUUUUGUAAUAUAAAGAAGUAUGAUUUAUCGAUUUAAUGUGUUUUUGGCGCAGGCCAGAUAGAAGACAAGACGACAUAUUUAUAGACAUUAUAAUUAAGAAGGCGGAAUUUUAAUAUAUAUAUAACAAGGUAUUCUUGUCCUUUUUGUUCCUUUUCUAUCACACUGAUAUUUUUAAUCAUUCCAAUAUUGUACUAAAACCAUCCAAAUUGGUAACAUAAAUUGGAACCUGUAAUACAUGUUAUCGGAAAAUUGUCUCUUAUCUAGCCUAUGUCAGCUUAUAAACGAUGGGUGCAGCCAUAAUGUAAGUUAGCCAUAACCACGCGAGGUUCGUGGUGACUCGAUAAUAAACUAGAUUACCUUAUCCUAGGCUAAGCUGUGUAUGUAUGUAUCUAUAGCACACCAGUCUGGUGCAGUACGUGUUGUCUAGUACCAAAUUUAGCGUUUAGUUUUUUAAGUUCCCGACUGAACCAAAAUAUAGAAUGUUAAUUUGUGUUACGAUCACAGUAAUAAAACAAUUGAAAAUUA